AUGGCGACAGAAGAUUAUGAAACCACUGAUGUGGUCAUUUGUGGCUGUGGGCCUACUGGGGCUAUGCUCUCUGCCUAUCUUGGACGAAUGGAUAUUCCUCAUAUUGUCAUAGAAAAGGAACCAGAGAUCACCACAGACCCGCGUGGCAUCGCAUUGGACGAGGAUGGAAUCCGGAUGUUGCAGGGCAUUGGAAUUUACGACCAGAUUUAUUCGGAUAUUGGAACGUGCAUGUCAAAGUUCAAAUUUAUUGGAGGCACCGAGAAAAGUCUACUUAAGAAGCCCUUCCUGGAGAUGGACUAUGGAACGACCGAAGGUGGCACAGGACAUAUCGGAUUUAUCUGCCACAAGCAACCAGUACUUGAGAAGCACCUACGAAAUGCGAUGAAGUCCGACUUUUGUCAGUUGCACACAGGAGCAAGUGUGUCUGAGAUUCGCGAAGAAGGGGGUUACGUAUAUAGUCGCUAUACUGAUGCGCAUGGAGUUGCUCAUGGCAUACGGUCUCGAUUCCUCGUUGGCGCUGAUGGCAAAACGGGCUUUACACGGAAGAAUUUCCUCGAGCCGCUGGGUAUUCACAUGGAACAGGCACAUCAGGCAUUUUAUGACGAAACUUGGGUAGCACUUAAUUGGGAAAUCAGCCUUCCCACCGAAAAGACGCACCCUGAUUUCCCCUUGUGGAGACUUGGUUAUACCCCCGAGCAGGUCUAUGAUAUAUUCUUCCCUGCGAGUUUCCGUUUCGUCUGUAACCCAGAGCGGCCAGCUGUAUGCGGUCGUUUUGGAUUGCCCUCUGACCGACUCUGGCGAUUUGAGUUUGUUGUUCGUGCCGGAGAGGAUGGAGAAGAGAUGUCCAAGCCGGACAACAUACAAAAAGUUGUCUUUCCGUACAUCACUCACCCGGGCAGUCGAUACAGUUUGAUGCAAGAUGUCGCAUUCCCAGAGGAUUGCAUUCGUGUCCUUCGUUCUCGACCUUUUAGAUUUUCAGCAAGAAGCUGCAACAGAUGGUCUCAUGGCCGAGUUGUUCUUUGUGGUGAUGCAGCCCACGUUUUUCCUCCAUUUGGCGGUCAAGGAAUUGCCUCUGGAUUCCGUGAUGCCGUCUCCUUAGCAUGGCGCCUCGCUCUUCUCUGCCGCAGACAAGAAGCGGCCAUAAGCAAUCAUGAGGAAGUGCUCUCGGGCUGGUAUGUUGAGCGAAAACAGCAGUUGGAGAGAUCUCUGGCGGCAACGAUCAAAAAUGGACAAUUUGUGACAGAAGGAAACCCUAUCAAGAUCUUCCUGCGUGAUUGGUCCUUAUUCUUCAUGCAUUUUGUUCCAUCCUGGAGGCGUGAUCUCAGACUCGGCCACCGAAAAGGAGGGUUGGUGAAAUACAAUCAUUCUCCAGGCUUGCCUUUUGAUCCGAGUCAUAGAGGUGGUCUUUGUCUUCCACAAGUCUACUGCAAGCAAAUUGGGGGCGACAAGGUAUUAUUUUCAGAUGAUCUCAUUUUCUCGAAAGAUAAAAAGAGCUUAUUCCAGCUGCUGGUGUAUCUUGAUUCUGUUGAUGAACUGGAUGCCGUUCAGCAGUCGGUAGCUCGGGUCCAGGAAAUCUUUAAAGGACAAGUUCAUCCUUCAGAGACAACAUACAUCGUUGAGGAUACAAAAGCAAAGCUCCCAGAAGCGAAAGAGGACCAAUCCUUGAUAUACCGCCUAGCGACUGGUCAAGAAUUCGCGCAGUCAUCUUUGUGUCGUGGUCGACCGGAACCGCAAUACUAUGACCCUUAUUACCUUCGAAAAUCGUUGGAUGGCAACAAGUUUGUUCUUGUUCGUCCUGACCGAUUUAUUUACGCCGCUUGUGGCAGCAUUGCCGAUUUAGAAAAGGCAAUUCAUAAUGCGAUGGAAUAUCUUCACAGAUGA